AUGUUUGAGAUGAGCGACUUGUGGAGGAAUCCUUAUAAGUUCCCAUUUUCUCACGUCUCGGGAACUACGUCAACGAUCUCCGCCCAGCUCAGUUUAAAUACGCAUUCCACGGCCCAUUUAACGGCGCGCAAAAACGGCGAUCACUGCUUCUACUCAGCUGCUAACUCGUGCCAGCUGAAUAAGAGUUGCACUGUUAAUAGCAAAUCUCCCCAAGGCUGUGGGCUGGAGUUCCUGCUGGUCCUCUGUGGACUGGACUUCUCCUGGUCCUGCCCCCGUCACUGCAUCUGCUACACCACGCCCAGCACCGUCUCCUGCCAGGCCCAUAACUUCCUGACAGUCCCUGAAGGCAUCCCACCGGAGAGCGAGCGCAUCUUUCUGCAGAAUAACAAAAUCCACCGCUUACUCCGCGGCCACUUCAGCACCAACACAGUCACUCUCUGGAUUUACUCCAACAACAUCACGUACAUCGAGCCCUCCACGUUCCACGGCUUCACGCUGCUGGAGGAGUUGGAUUUGGGGGACAACCGGCACCUGCGCACCCUGGCCGAGGACACGUUCCACGGGCUGGGUCGGCUCAACGCGCUGCACUUGUACCGCUGCGGCCUCAGCUCGCUCCCCAGUAACAUUUUCCAAGGCCUCAGAAACCUGCAGUAUCUGUAUUUGCAGGAUAACCACUUAAAGUUCCUCCCUGAAGAUACGUUCACGGAUCUCCACAAUCUGAGCCAUCUGUUCCUCCACGGGAAUCAUCUGUGGAGCCUUAACCAGAACACCUUCAGGGGCCUGCGCGCUCUGGACCGGCUGCUCCUGCAUCAAAACCAGAUUGAGUGGGUCGACCGCUUGGCCUUUCACGACUUAAAACGCCUCACCACUCUCUACCUGUUCAACAACUCUCUGGUCCAGUUGUCUGGGCAGUGCUUGGACAUGCUUCCAGGCCUGGAAUACCUCCGGCUCAACGAUAACCCGUGGUCAUGUGACUGCAAGGCUGUGUCAUUGUGGGAAUGGCUGAAGCGGUUUCGUGGCUCAACAUCCACAGUCGGUUGCCAGGCGCCGUCAAACAUGAUCGGGAAAGAUUUAAAAGAACUCCGCAAAGAGGAUUUUCCAAACUGUUCCCCAUCUGAGUCCAGAGCUCAGACUAAUAACAUUUCUGGAACGGUCCAUCCCUCCAUGAAUCGCGCCGUGGUGGGCAACACCGGGAACAACGCCCACUCAUCUCGACAUGGCCGCACGCGUAACUGCACAAAGCCGCGGGUUCGGGCAGGCAAGGGGAAGGGAGACAAUGAGGUGCACCACUCCAAGGAGGUCAUGGCCGACAAAGAUGACUCGUCAGAUUUGACAGAGGGAGGAAAACAUGAUCACACGCUUCCCGACGGCACGGUUACGCGGCGGAAGCAAAAGUGUACACCUCGGACCACUGUGCGGCCUCCUAGUGGGGUCCUGCAAGCCAACAAUAGGGCGACCUUAUCCCAGUCAAUACUAUACGUCUACGCCCUUUCCGUUGCUUUGGUAACAACAAGCACCGACUUUGUUCGCUGA